AUGGCUCCUUCCGCGCCCCUCAACAGCCCAGAAAGUCUCGCCGAGACAUUAAGACUCAUGAAGAACGAAGCGAGGACGCUUAAAGAUCGAGCAAGAUCUUACCCCAAUGGACAGGAGCAUAAGAUUUUGCUUUUGCUCAAGGCUGCCGCCAUACUCCAAGAUUGCCUAAAGUUUAUCGUCGAACAUCGUCGUCAUUUGGGGAGAGAAGAAGCACUGUGUCGAGAUCAGCGGGACUCGCUGCUGGAAUAUGUACGGAAGGAAGUUGAACAAUCCAAUACGAAUUAUGAUCAGUACAAGGCUGAGCCGGUGAAGCCGACGAAAUUGCAGAAGAAAUGCAAGACAGGCGAACAAGGGGAAAAGCUUGUGCCAUCGCCACACUAG